UCAUCCAUUUUGCAUAGCAUAAUUUUCAAUCACUUUGAGUGUUGAACUAUGUUUACCUUAAAAUACCUCCACUCGCCUGACAUGGCUCCUAGUCCACCUGCCAAGAAGGUCGAUGUCAGGCUGGUGAAGUGCUAGAUAGUCGAUACGGUGUCCUCGAUUUGUGUUUCCAUGUUACGUUAUAAUGUUGGAAAUGAUAGGACUCAAAUAUGUUGUGCUGUUGCCUCCUUAACAGGACCUGCUUAACCUGAAGAUGGUGUUUGACCAUUUCCUCCAUGAGUCUUUCAACAAUGACAAACUUUUCAAACAAACCAUUGCAGGAGACUUUGAGUAUUUCCUCAAUCUCAACUCCCGCUCGCCAGAGUACCUAUCGCACUUUAUCGACGACAAGCUGAAGAAAGGAGUUCGAGGGUUGACGGAACAGGAGGUGGAGUUGAUUUUGGACAAGACCAUGGUUUUGUUCAGGUUUCUGCAAGAGAAGGAUGUGUUUGAAAGGUACUACAAGCAGCAUCUGGGCCGGAGACUGCUGAGCAACAAGAGCGCCUCGGACGAUUUAGAGAAGAGCAUGAUCUCCAAGCUCAAAACGGAAUGUGGCUGUCAGUUCACCUCGAAACUGGAGGGAAUGUUUCGAGAUAUGACCAUCUCCAAUACUACAAUGGAUGAGUUCAGGCGACACAUACACGUCACGUCG